CGGCACCAACAUGGAUCAACAACAGUACUGCCUCAAGUGGAGCAACUAUUCAUCCAACCUAGCGGCGGCCUUCUCGAACCUGUUCGAUUCCGCCACACUCACAGAUGUCACGUUGGUUUGUGGAGGGACCGUAUUCAAUGCUCACAAGGUCAUACUAGCGGCAUGUUCGAAAAAUUUUGCUGAUCUGUUCGAACGGGCCCCGGUUGGUACGGGGCAGAUCUGCGUUAUGCUGGAAGCAACAUCAGCAGACAACAUGCACGCACUGCUCGAGUUUAUGUACAAAGGCGAAGUACACGUGUCACAGAAAGCGCUGGAAAGUUUUCUGAAAGCGGCUGAGAACUUGCAGGUCAAAGGACUCACAACAGAACAUGGUCGCUUUGCGAGCGCCAAUGCCAGCCAACCGUCACAAUCGCCGUUUCACGGCCCACCGAACGAUCUGCCAUCACCUGCCAUUCGUCGCCAGCAGCGCAACAGCCUCUCGUCCUCGCUGGAAUCGAUCAACCGGGCGGUAAAGCGGGAAACCGACAGUAUAGUCGGUAGUGCAAGUAGUGGUGGAAAUGGUUCCGGUAACACUGCCGGUACCGGCACGACCAAUGUUGGUAGUGGAGCGGAACGAGGUAGUGGCACGGAUCGCAACAGCGGUCGUGGUAGUGAUCGAGGCGAUGGGGGUGGUGGUGGUGGCGGCGGAGGCGGAGGCGGUAGUACACCGGCAUCCAGUUUCUCCCCGUACCUGCAACCAUCGUCCUAUCUGCCAGGCACUUACGAGAACCGAAAACGAUCACUGCGAAGUCCGUUCUACGAGCAUCAGGAAGCGACACGGGACAGUGUACUGCGGGAUGGGAAGGCGAGUGCGGGCAAUGGCAGUCCGGUAAGUGGCAGCAAAAAUUAUCGACCGUCCAGCAGUGGUUCUUCGGCGACACCAACGGAAGCGGACACCGUACACACGGAUCGGGAUUCUCCGCAACAGUCCAAUCGUUAUGAAAAUCAUAGUCCCAGCACAACCCACCACGGCCAUGGUAACGGACCGGUAUCUUCAAACACUAUGGAUCGAGAAGAUCGCAACGAUCACAAUGGUUCAGUGGAUCACAAAGUGAAACACGAAAGUCGAGAGGGCAAUGAGGCUGGAGCGGAAGAUUUGCGUGUGAAAAUGGAAAUGCGACCCAUCCAGUCCCCGCUCAGGUCAUCGGCACCGUCUACACCAACGACACCGAUAGGAUUCAUCAAUGUGAAAGGUGGUCUGGAGGCAGCGAUACCGUCAGUUGAUAUGCUGGGAAUGAUCAGCACACCGCGGGAAAGCGUCACGACAGCGGAUGGUUUACUCUGUGUUCCAGGCAAAAAGCUACAAUGUCCAUUAUGCGAUCGGCAGUACGGUUACGAGACGAAUCUGCGUGCGCACAUACGCCAGCGGCAUCAGGGAAUUCGCGUGCCAUGCCCGUACUGCAGCCGAACGUUUACCCGCAACAACACCGUCAGAAGGCAUAUCGCCCGGGAGCACAAACAGCAAACGCAGUUCAUGCCCAGCCAGCUACACAGCUAA